AUGUUUGACACGGCCAUAUAUGAGCUCUCUAGAAGAGACACUUGCGACAAUGGAAAUGACUAUAACGGUAUGAUGGGCGCCCGUAUUUCGGCAGUGUUUGUCAUUCUUAUUGGUUCUGCCUUCGGUGCUUUCUUUCCAAUAUUGUCUUCGAGAUACUCAUUCAUUCGUAUGCCUUCAUGGUGUUUCUUCCUCGCCAAAUACUUCGGUUCCGGAGUCAUUGUGGCCACGGCUUUUAUUCACUUGUUGCAACCAGCCAAUGAAGCUUUAUCCGACGAGUGUUUGGGUGAAGGCUGGAGCGUGUAUCCAUAUGCUUUCGGAAUUUGUCUUUUCACUUUGUUCCUCUUGUUCUUUUUUGAGUUGAUGGCUUUCAGAUUGAUCGACAAGAAACUCGAAGGUUUGGGUGAAGAAGGACACAGUCACUCGCAUUUUGGAGAAAGCUCCACCUACGUCAAGAAAGAUCUUGACUCUGAUGAGGAGCAGAUUGGCGAAACUGCCCAAACAAAGACAGAGUCCAAUGCAUACCCAUCCCACUUCUCUCACGCAGCAGAGCACCAAGACCAGGAAGCAGUCGGAACCCCAGCCAAUGACCAGGGAAAAGAACAAUACUACGGUCAAUUGUUGUCUGUUUUCGUUUUAGAAUUUGGUGUUAUCUUCCACUCGGUGUUUGUUGGUUUGACCUUGGCCGUUUCCGGUGACGAAUUCAAAACUUUGUAUGUUGUUGUUGUCUUUCACCAAUUGUUUGAAGGAUUGGGUUUGGGUACUCGUAUCGCAACAGCAAACUGGCCUAGCCACAGACGGGUUUUGCCGUGGCUUUUAGCUCUUGGUUAUGCAUUAACCACACCUAUUGCCAUCGCCAUUGGUCUUGGUGUGCGUGAGACGUACCCACCAAACUCGGCACAUGCAUUGAUCACAAACGGUGUUUUUGACUCUAUUUCGGCGGGUAUUUUGAUUUACACUGGUCUCGUGGAGUUAAUGGCUCACGAAUUUUUGUACUCCAACGAGUUCAAGUCUUCGGACGGCACUAAGCGUAUCAUCUUCGCAUACUUGUGCAUGGUAUUAGGUGCUGGAUUAAUGGCAUUAUUGGGCAGAUGGGCCUAA